CGUCAUUUUCUGUAAGCUUUGGUGGAAUAGGAAAUACAAUCCUUUAUAUUAUUUAUGAAAAUUGGAAAAAUCAAAACGAUAAUUCAUUAGCAAACUCUGACUGUUCUACCAUUUUAGUCAAAAUAAUAAUAGAA